AUGGGGGAGAGUCAAGAAAGAUCUAGGAUAGAAAUUAUUAAGAAAAUAGAGGAUAGUAAUAGAGACUUAGAGAAGAAGGUAAUGACGGAGUUGAAGAAAGAGAUGGAAAAAAUGGGAGAAGAAAAUAUGAAAGUAAUAGAAGAAUUGAAGAAGGAAAAUGUUGAACUAAAAAGAGAGGUGACGGAGUUAAAAAGGAGAGAAGAGGAAAGAGAAAGAAAGAAGAAUAUUAUAAUUAAAGGGGAACAAGUAGAGGGAGGAUCAGCGAGGCAGGUAGCAGAAAAUCUGUGCAAUGAAAUAUGUGGAGAAGAAGUAAGAGUGGAAGACGCAAUAUUUUGCGGGAGCUGCGAGGUCAGCAUAAAUGGAGAACAAGCCGAAGAGAAAGAUGAAGGGGAAGGUGGAGAACGAGGGAGAGAACGUCGAGGUGAGGACGAGAAGGACAGAGAUAGCAAAAUAGAGAAGAAAGAAGAGAUACUUAGAGAUAGAUGUAGUAAUAAUAGCAGCAAGGGUGAAAGAAAAGGUGUGAAUGAGUGUGGAGAAGUGUGGGAGAACUUCUGGGAGUUCUUAGGAAAUUUUGAAAUAAUAGGAUUGCUAGAGACGUGGAUAGAUGAAAAAGAGUGGGGGAAGCUAAAGGAAAAAAUGCCGAAGGAAUGGAGGUGGAAGUGUCAGCCAGCAGAUAGGGAUAAGAGAAGAGGUAGAGCGAAGGGGGGGAUAAUUACGGGAAUAAGGAAAGAGAUAGAGGAAAAUAAGGAAGAGCUUGAAAGUAGGGAGGGGAUACAAGAAAGAAAGAUCAUAUUGAAUGGGGAAAAAUGGAGAGUGGUGACGAUUUAUAAUAGAGAAGGGAGAAAGAAGGGCUUAGAGGAUCUGCAGGAAGUUAUAAAGGAAGAGGAAAAGAGGAAGAUGGUGAUGGUAGGAGAUUUUAAUGCAAGGAUAGGAAAAGAAGGGGGAGUAAGAACUUUAAGUGGAGAGGAGAAAAGGCCGGAGGAGGGGAAAAGAGUAUCAAAAGAUAAAGUAAUAAACAAACAGGGUAAAGAGUUGCUCAGAGUGAUAGAAGAGAGAUAG